AUGGGAAAAAGCGGCUCAGGCAAAACGUCUAUGCGAUCUAUCAUUUUCAGCAAUUACAUUGCACGCGAUACACGUCGUCUUGGUGCUACAAUCGACGUCGAGCAUUCCAACGUCAAGUUUCUGGGCAACCUUGUGCUUAACCUUUGGGACUGUGGAGGGCAGGAAGCCUUUAUGGAAAAUUACUUUGCAUCACAAAAAGACAGAAUAUUCAAGAAUGUGGAGGUGUUGAUUUACGUAUUCGAUGUUGAGAGCAAAGAUUGGGCAAGUGAUUUGCACUACUACCAGUCAUGCUUGGAUGCAAUCCGUGCCAAUUCUCGAGAUGCCCGUAUAUUUUGCCUUAUUCACAAGAUGGAUUUGCUUCCUGAACAACAACGAGACGAGAUGUUCAAUGAGCGUAUUACUGAAUUAAGACAGCGAUCGAGACCACUCCAAAUCCAAGGAUUCAAAACAUCGAUUUGGGAUGAAACAUUAUAUGCGGCUUGGUCACAGAUUGUACAUUGUUUGAUACCCAACAUCCGUAUCCUUGAAUCGCAUCUUGAUCAUUUCUGUCGUACAUGUGAUGCCGAUGAAGUUGUGCUAUUUGAAAGGACAACAUUCCUGGUCAUUGCCAACGCUGCCACUAUUCAACACCAAGACUUGCAUCGCUUCGAAAAGAUUAGCAAUAUCAUCAAGCAGUUCAAUCUCGGAUGCAGUCGAUCACAAACGCGGUUCAAAAGUAUGGAAAUUCGUGGGAGCACGUUCACGGCCUUUAUCGAUGUUUUGACCAACAACACCUAUGCGAUGGUUAUCAUGUCUGAUCCCAGUAUACAAUCGGCUGCUACAUUACUUAAUAUUGCCGCCGCUAAGAAACAUUUUGAAAAACUGGAAGCAACUCGAUAA